GCCUCGAUCCAAGGCAAUACCGCAAUAGCAAGUCGCAUCCUCCUUCUCUUGUCCAUCAAUCCGGUGUGCGUAGGUACAGCGCAACCACCACAACACCAUGACGCCGACCCGCCACUCGCCGUCCAUCGCCGUCGUGUUCCUCGUCGUCGUAUCCGUCCUGGUCGCCGGCGCCGCCGCCGAUGCAUCGGCCGACAAGAGCGACUGCAGCAUCGCCCAGACCGCGUUCAGCGAGUGCACUGGCUAUAUCAUGGGCGUGGACGAAGAGAUCACUCCACGGUGCUGCAGGGGUCUCGACGCCGUCAAGGACUUGGCGUCGACCAAGGACCAGCGCCGGGCCCUCUGCUCUUGUAUCCUGUCGGAGAUGCUCGCCGCCGGCAAGAUCAAGUCCGGACGCGUCGCCGCCCUCCCCGCAGCGUGCGGCAUCCGCGGCAUCGCCUUCCUCCCGACCAACCUCGGCUUUGACUGCUCCCGGAUUUCUUGAGCUGAUUACCGAACCAGUUUGCGGCCUGAUGAAGAUCAGGAAUAAAAGACUUAUGUAGUUUGCAUUUAUUUUAAUUUUCUCCCCCUCUGUAGCCUAAAAGUUGGCUGAACGAUUCGACAAUUAAUUUUGG